ACAUCCAAGAUGGCUGCUUGUGCAGAAAACAAUGAGGGGUAUUUUUCAAACAAAACUGGGGAAGUGUAAACAGAGAGCUGUGAUAUAACCGACUCGAUAGCGAAAACAACACAGAGGCACGUAAGCAGAGAUCCAGCGAACAGCAGGAUGAAGAGAUUGCUGGAACACAAAAGCUGGGUUUGUGUUUGCGCCUGAACAAGAAUGGACAGCUACUUCAAAGCAGUGGUCUGCGAUCUGGACAAACUACUAGAUGAUUUUGAGCAAAACACAGAUGAGCUUACAGCAUCUGCAAGUUAUUGUGCUCCAGCCUUCCCAGCUCCUUCCCUCAACUCCCACCACUUUGUCCCUGAAUCAUCUCCAUCUCAAUCUCUCCAUGAACUCAAAAGUCUUACCUACAGCAUGUCCGCUGAGGUGUCCACCUCUGCAGCAGCCAAUGGUUUUCAAACAAAACCCUUGACGGAACUUGACCUUCCAACUGUCGACAGCAGAGCUUCAAAGAACAUUGCACCUCCUUGUCUGGACAGGGGUCUCAAACCUGUCUGUGACCUGGUUAGCAAUUCAGGAUCACUUAUUAUCGGAACCAAUAGCCAUGCUGCUUUUCAGGAGCUGGAUAUUGUUGAAAAGCAGUUGGAGGAAGGUUUGCUUGUAGACUUUGAUUUGCCUUCUUGUGCUGCAGGAGAUGCAUUGCAGUUCAGCCUCAGUAAUGUUCCUGGUGUACAGGUGUUUUCCGAGGGAGGUUUGGGACUGCACGGAGCAGGUCGCCUUGCAACAGGAUAUUUGGAAAGCCUGAGCUUAUUAGACAUUAUCUUGCCCCCUGAGGCUGCUGAUGAACCAGUGAAUAUAAAUUCAUCUUCAAGCACUGUCUGCCAAGAACAAUUAGAAGUCCUUCAAAAUGAAGCUGUUGCUCAGAACGUCAUGGAGCAAAAUGAAGAAGACGGCCAGGAGGAUCAAGAGUUUCCAUGCGAUCCAGAGAGAACUGAGAACGGCACCACAGUCCUUUCAAAAACUGAAUGCAGUGAGGGCAGUGUGGCUGUAAACGGGACCCUUGAUUGCACAGAUGCCAAGGAGCUGAUCCACUCAAAGAAAAAUAUUAAUGGUGGAGCAAAGUUUAACUCCUCAUUGGAAAUAACAGCUUGUUCAUCAGACAAAAAGCUAGACUGCGAGGAAGACGUGAACAGUUUAAACCAUGUAAAAUCCAUCAGGGAGGUGGAAGCAGAACAGAACGAACUAAACGUGCCAUGUAGUCCUACAGAAGAUAGCGAGACGUCCCUGCCCUGUCUUCCAAUUGCUAUGUCCAUGUGCGGCUCUUUGGUUUUGAUGCAAGACUCCAAAAGCAACAGACCUCAGGUUGAAACCACCAAGAUUAUAGCCAGUGAAUUGUUUCCUACCCAGACUAAUACACUCGUGGUGAACAGUCUUUCUCCUGACCCUGAAACACAAAGGAUUAUUCCUCCUGUGGAGGAAAGUACAAAGACUAUGGACCAAAUUGGUCCAGAGCCUGCCUGCGAAAGCUGCAGAAUCCAGUCGGAAACCAAAGUCAACCCUGAGACAAAAGCAUUCUUGCACUACACAAUCCCUGACAGCCUUGCCGUGGCAGAAGCAGAUUCAGUUGAGGGUGAAGACUCCUCCAGCAGUGUUGUGGACGCCACUGAAGGGUGGGCCUACCCUGUGGGCUCCAGCCCUGAGUUCCCUUCGGACAUAACGUUUGUCGAUGACUUUCUCCCAGACGAAGACCUGUGUGACAACCUGGUGAGUGACGCGGACCUGGAUGCCUUCUUGAUGGAGCAAAGCCUCAAGAACACUGAGUUGAGGCCUAUGGAGAAUUCUACUGACGAAGGGUUUUCAGAAAUGAAUGGUGACCUGUCAGGGUUGUCUGAUCCUUCCCAGAACAUUGGGGGAGAUGGCCUGCUUGAGGUUGUCAGGAGUGCCCUGAACAUUAAGGCUGUUGAGCCUGCAUAUUCAGAACCAGAGAGACCUCCAUCUCUGGGGGUAGACCAAAACUUUGUUUCUUCUGGGGACGUUGCCCUGACUGUAGUAGAAGACGCAAAAGGCAGUGGUGAGGCAAACGCGUGCAGUUCUGUUUGUCAGAGACCCAACCCAAGUGCUUGUAAUAACCAACACCCAUAUUUUGGAGGGGCAAGACCAAAACAACUUUUUGUUCAUCCUCCAAAAGCUCUAUUGACAAGGGAAUUGAAUGACCAUAAAAGAGGCGAUUUUAAAGAUGUUCCUUUAGCAGGAGAGCAAACCGUAAAUCAUGUGCAGUCCCCUGGUAUUGGAGAGCGCUUCCCGAACCAGUCUUUAGCAAGUCCUGGGUAUACCUACUCUGAGAGUAUAGAUAGUAGCGUUGAUUUGGAAGAGGGCUCGGAAUCUGCUCAGCUUAUCGUUAACCAGGAGGAGGACAGCACAGAGGAGGCUGCUUCCCUCGAUGAUCGGCUGAUGAGAGAAGAAUCAAGUCUGGGGUUGAAACAGCCUGCAUGGGUACCUGAUUCUAAAGCACUAAAGUGCAUGAAGUGCCAGCUCAAGUUUACCUUCACCAAAAGGAGGCAUCAUUGUCGGGCAUGUGGAAAAGUAUUUUGUGGUGGUUGCUGUAACCGAAAAUGUAAGCUAAAAUAUAUGGAAAAAGAAGCUAGGGUUUGCGUCAUCUGCUAUGAAACUAUUCAUAAAGCACAAGCCCUUGAGAGGAUGAUGAGCCCGACCGGUCCGAGUCCUAAUCCUAAUAUUCCCUCUGAAUACUGCUCCACCAUCCCUCCCCUGCAGCAAGCCCAGGCAGCUGGCACUCUCAACUCCCCUCCGCCCACAGUAAUGGUGCCUGUGUCUGUGCUCAAGCACCCUGGAAACGAAGCUGGGCUUCCCAGGGAACAGAAACGGGUUUGGUUCGCAGAUGGUAUUUUGCCAAACGGAGAAGUAGCAGAUACAUCGAAACUGUCAGUAGGGGUCAGCAAGAGGUCGUCCCAAGACUCCAUCCCUGUAACCCCCGAACCACCUGUGCCUCAGGUUCAGAAAAGCCUGGAAAAGGAGAUUCAGGAUUCUACAGCUACAGCGCUCAGCUAUUCUUCAGAACAAGCACCUGAUAUUCCUAAAGCCGCGAUGAAGGUACCGAACAGUCCAGCUUCUCGGAGUCCAGAAGAUGAUAUGAAGCAUCUUAUCACAGGGCCUUCGGAUUACAGAAUGUUAUCCACCAUAGGGGAGUGCAUUACCAAGACGGGCAGUCUGGUUCCUGAUGACGAAGAGGGGCUGCCCCCUGUUGUCAUAGCAACAGGGGAGAGAGGAGACGACUCGCUGGUGGAGGAUCGCCCCUCUGCCAGCCAGCUGAUACUCCUCCUUGAAGAAGGAGGUCCUAACCCUCUCACGUUCGUGCUGAAUGUCAACCUGCUGGUGAAUGUCAAACUAGUGACUUAUGCUGCGCAGAAAUGCUGGUGCUUCAGCUCCAAUGGCCUGCACGGGGUGGGUCAGCCUGAGAUUAUGUUCCUGCUGCAGUGCCUGCCAGAGGAAAGCACUCUCCCCAAAGACAUCUUUAAGCUGUACAUUACCAUCUAUCAGGAUGCACUAAAGGGCAAGUAUGUUGAAAAUCUGGGCAACGUGACCUUUAGUGAGAGUUUCCUUGGCAGUAAGGAUCACGGUGGAUUCCUGUUCAUUUCGCCCACCUUCCAGCCCUUGAAUGACCUGUACCUGCCAGACAGCCCCUUCCUCUUUGGGGUUCUCAUUCACAAGCUGGAGGUGCCCUGGGCAAAGGUCUUCCCCCUGAGGCUCAUGCUGAGACUGGGAGCUGAGUACAGCGUGUAUCCUUGCACUUUGACGAGUUUCAGAUUCCGGAACCCAUUAUUCAGAGAAACUGGACACACUAUAAUGAACCUUCUAGCAGACCUCAGAAAUUACCAGUACAGUCUGGCGAGUGUGGAGGGCUUGUUGAUCCACAUGGAAAUGGGCAACAGUUACAUUGAAAUCCCUAAGGGGAGGUUUAAUGAGGUGAUGAAAGUAAUGAAUUCCUCCAAUGAGCAUGUCAUCAGCAUGGGUGCCUGCUUUAGCAUGGAGGCAGAUUCCCACCUGGUGUGUGUUCAGAACGCCGAUGGAAACUAUCAGACCCAGGCCAACAGUGUACCAGGCAAGACUAGGAGAAUCACUGGAGCAAGUUUUGUUGUAUUCAACGGUGCUCUGAAGGCCUCCUCUGGAUUUAUUGCCAAAUCCAGCAUAGUUGAAGAUGGUUUGAUGGUUCAAAUAACACCGGAGACGAUGGAAGCAUUACGGCAAGCUUUUAGGGAAAAAAGGGACUUCCAGAUCCCAUGUGGAAAACAUGAUUCAGGAGAUUUAAGAGAAUAUGUAAACAUCCACUGGGUGGAGAGGGCAUCCAUUGUAAACACAGGGAUUAUGAGUCCAGUUGAUGGAAAGUCCUUGGAAGGGGUUCCAAGCAUUAAAAUGCAACAGGAGGCAGAGUUUGAAAGCGAUGGGAAGCUUGUGAAAUGUACUGAGGUGUUCUAUCUUCUGAAGCGCCCGGAGCAGUCUCUUGCCAGCGUUCUGGUUGCCCACAGUCAGUUCCCGAAAGAGAUCGCCACGGCCUGCUGUGCUGCCCUCUGCCCUCACCUGAAGACCUUGAAAGAGAGUGGGAUAAAUAAGCUGGGACUCAGAGUUUCUACAGACAUAGACAUGGUGGAAUACCAGGCGGGUUCAGGAGGCAGGCUUCUUCCUCAGAACUACAUGAAUGACCUGGACACCGCGCUCAUUCCUGUGAUUCACGGCGGCAGCUCCAGCCCCCCGCGCAGCCCCAUGGAGAUGGACUUCCUGUUCUUUAUAACAGAAAGCCUUUACUAAGCCAAGGGUGAGCUUCUCAUUUCAGAUAUGCCAAAGCGUUCAAGCUAAUCACAGCAGGUUUUUACAAGAAGCAAAAAGACUGAGACACAAGCGAUCAAACACUUCAACUUCACUUUCUUCUUUUUAAAUGCUUUUUAUGUAGGAUAUGUUGAAUACGGUACCAUUUACAAUGUCUUUUGAAAACCAGGUUGUUUUUUGUUUUUUUGUGCAGUUUUUUUUAGAAGCUUUGAACUUAAUGGUCUCUAUUCAAUGAAUCUAAACAUGGCAGAUCUAAACACAAAAUUCUCUUUUAAGGGUUUAAACAACAGCGUGUUUAGGACCGCCACCGUUUAGAUCAAUAGAAUAGACCACAGUCUGAAGGAAGGACAUUUACUUUAAGUAUCAACCAGCUUUAGUAUCUGAAAUGAAUUUAGCUUUAUAUUUAACAGAAAUGUGAUGUAUCAUGUACAUUUAUGUAAGUGUAUAUACUAUUAGAAAUCAAGUGUUCCACACUUGAGGUAAAGGAGGAUAUUUUUGUCUUGUGCAUUAUAAACAUCCUUGCAUUGUCUUUCACUCUGGUCUUCAUUUUUAGCAUGUCCUAAUUUGAUAGAAAAUGAAGCAUAGGAAUGAUAAUUAUUAUAGAAGGUUUUUUUUUUUUUUUUAAAUUCGGUGCUUCAGUCCUAUUUUUGGAACAAACCUGUGCAUCAAAAGAUAUUUUUGAUAGGAUGGUAUGUGAGUUGAUAUGAGAAAUUGCCAUUCAGGUAUACUUAAAAACCUGGCAGUGUAAAAUGUAAAUAUGGCUACAGACACUAAUUAGCUCUUUGGGGUACAGCUGUGGUUCACAAAGGUAAUAUGGUACUGUAAAGAUGUGCUCUUGAGCUAUCAGAGUUGUAUUUCCUCCAAAAAACACAGCUAUGAAUCACAUAUAUGUAUAUAUGCUUGUGUGUUUUAGGUAUUGAUUCAAACUGAACUUUUCUUAUUUUGUUUUUGGUUUGUUUUUAAAACCAUUGUUUAAAGAUAUGACAUCAUUAUUCAAUAUGAACAUUCAUUUGCUGGAUCUCUAUAAUAAAAAGAUAACAUUUUGCAUUACCCAAACUUUAAACAAGGAACACUUUGGCCAGAGCAUACAGUAGCUUUGUAUGUUUCUACAGUUUUCAGCUACAUUCACUUUAUUGUUUUGAUAAAGGUGCCAUCUCAUUAGAGUUCUGAAGCCCUAACUCCCAAGACAAACCCUUUGGAGGAAUGGUACUGUUCGGAGCUGCCCUGGAGCUGCCCUGGACACUGCUGACUUGCAGUGAUGCUCAUGUUUAUAGAUAAGAACCUGCACACUUAGACAGCAUGAAGCUGCUGUUUUGCUGCCUUUUUUUGUUUGUUUUUAAAGAAGCAAGAGCUGAGUGUUGAUUUACCAUGUGUUUUUGAUGUUUUGAAAAACCUGUGUAGUUGAAUUUAAUGCUGGAAACAAAUGAUCUAUGAGACCUAUGCACUUUAUUGUAGUUUUGUAAUGGGAGUAAGGGAAUGCCUGUACACUCCAAGCCAGCCCAUGGCCAAACACUAGCCCUGGGAAUUGUACCCUGCCAUUGUACUAUUGAGACACCAUGGGCCAUGUUUUCAAAGUGUUCACUCCAGUCUUUAAUUAACUCCUAUGUUAUUUUUUAAACACACCUAAUAACCAAGUUAUAUAUUUCAAGUUCUCUUAAUCACUCUCAAGGUGUUUCAUAUCUCAUUUAGUAACUUUAACGUGUUUCCUUUCAGAAAAUAGGAGUUAAAGAAUGGAAGAAAUGCUUUGAAAAUAAGUCCCCAUGCGUUUUCGAAGUAUGUGUGUGUUGUGUUUUUUUUAAACAGCUUAUAAUCAUUGCCAGUGUCUGUCAUUGUAUUGUGCUUGUUGUUUUUUUUUUUUUUUUUUUUUUUUUUUUUAAACAGCUUAUAAACAGCAUAUAAUCAUUACCAGUGUCUGUCACUGUAUUGUGCUUGUUUUUUUUUUUAAAGUCUGAUCUGUCAUUACUGCUUUAAGGUAGUGGUCCUGCUAGACAUUUAUAUUCAGAGGAAAUUAACUGGUGGUAAAGUUUACCAGCCUUGUGUAUAGCUAGCAGUAAUGGCCUGUUGCAAUUAUUACUAGUUAUCCUUUAUUAUAACCAUACGUUUAUUUUAAUUCCUAUUAACCCAAAUGCAGUAAAACAUAUUGUAUAUAACCCAAUGUAUUUAAAUAUGGUACUGAAAUACUACAAAGGUGUGUUUUAUUAACCCGACCCCUGCAGCAUGGCUGCUUGUUGCAUUUAUGGCAGGUGCUGGUGGAAAAUGACAUGGAUUGAUUUUUAUUGAUUUAUUUUGUUAUAUAUAAAAACAAACUUUCCCUCAUCAAGACUAGUGUCUGUAUUUCAUAAUACUGGUGAGGAUCCUAUCUUCAUACACAGAUUAAGAUUUUGUAUUGCUGUAUUGCAUAUAGGUGAAAAUAAAUUAUAAAUUUGUAUGUCACAGUUUCUGUUGUCAUGGGUGCCUUCCGUUUCCUCUUGUUUUUUAUUUAUUUUUAAAGUAGUGCAUUGUUGCUCUACAGUCAGAUAGAAAUGCUAAAACGUGUAGUUGAGUUACCGCACGGCACGUCAUUGUGAAUUCACUGAAGCGUGUUGUUUCAGAUGGACGGCAGUGCAGUUACGAUUGCAACUACACUGUGUAACAAAAAGUUUAUUUUUUUUUGUUCCUGGGUAGUAAAUGUUA